GCUGAUAACAGGGGGCGGUGAAAUCCUUGUCCAGGAACAAGAAAGCCAUCCUCUUGCAACCGAACAGCAGUCCUUAUCCUAUUUUCUUCCCACAUUUAACUUGGAAGGGGAAACUGGAAGAUACCAGAAAGAUUGCACUGAUGGGAAAGACAAAGAAAGAACUGCUAAGCAAAGCACCAUGGAGAGGAGACGACCAAGACAACACCAACAAGUUCGCAGACGCCAAGCUCAAGGUCACCAACCAGCCUGGCUCCACUCCCAAAAUGCACGUCCCUCGCCCCAAGUCCGCCGAUUCUAAAUUCGACAACGACAAUGACGAUUCCCUCGAGAUUGACCCCGAACUCCGUUACAGCUUUCAACGCAACUUCCAGUUUCUUCAACGAGUAUUUAGCAUAGACACUGUUGUGAAGCCUCUUCCACCUGCAAUGGCAUACAAUGUUUCCCGCAACUUGAGCUUCUUCACACGCAUAUUCACUCAGUUCUUUGACCCAGAAGGUAUUGCAAAUGCACAGAAAUCACUUGGGAUAGGGCAGGAAGAAAAAGCUCGCCGUGUCCGCUAAGAUCUAGCGUUCACACAAUGCAAUGAUAAUUUGUAACUUUGGGACACUUUGGAUUUUAGCGUCAUGAGAAUUGUUGGAAUCUGAACUUCAAAUGGGAUUCCUUUUGUGUGGUAAAGUAUCCAAGAUCUAUGAGUAAGUGCAGAGACACCAAAAAUGCAACUCAAUCAUUCCUGUACAAUGGUUCAAUUAUUCCCAGUUAAAUUGAUUA